AGGUGCGCCCUAGCGGCAGCGCGCGGGAACUGCAGCGGCGCGCGGGAGACGUCCACAUUUUGUGAGUGGGCGCUGGAGGAGCUGUCCACCAGCACGGUGCUGAAGCGCGUCCCAAACAACGCUGCACGGUUCAUCAAGUGUUUUAGCAUCUCACAAUUUUAAAGAAUGCAUUGGUCAAUGAACACACUGCCCAUGCCUCCAUAUGUUGAGCUGGGUGUCCAUUCACUGAGUGGCCUUCUAUGGACUGUAGUGCUACUCUUUCUGUGGCACUGUUAUCGGAUGGGCUCUGACCUGCCAAUCCCAGGCCACGCACAUGCCGGGAAACUCAAGUCGGGCUCAAGGCGGUCCAUUAUGUCCCGUGGCGGCAGCUGUGCUGGAACCAAGUGUAGUGCCCGAUCCAAGCUGUCGAGGAGUGAUCAAAUUAGCCCCUUUAUUUCCAUGGAAUCAGAGGAGGACGAAGAUCAGGGACAGGGCUACCUCACCCCAGUGCUGAGUCAUGCCUUGUUCCCAGCCCAGGCAUCUGCAGAAGCCAAGAAACUGUACGCAGCCCUUCAAGAGUAUGCCAAGCGCUACAGUUGGGUAGGCAUGGGCCGCAUUCAUAAGGGCCUCCGUGAGCAGGUCAGACUGAAUGAUCACUCUGCCAUUCAGAAGCCUCAUCUCUUCUUCCUGCCAGAUGUCCCAAGUGUUCCUUUCUUCCCCCGUGAUGCUCAUCGACAUGACAUUGAGGUCUUGGAAGCCAACUACGCUGUAAUCUUGGCUGAAUUCAAGACUGUUUACCAGCGGGGCAUCGAUCCUAAAUCAGGCUGGACCUGCCUCGGACCAAAGGGCCAGGCAGUGUUUUCUUUGUACAACGCAGGUGUCUGCGUGGCAGGAAACUGUCGCUCCUGUCCCUGUACCUACCGGACACUUCUCUCUCUUCGUACAUUUAUAAGCAGCAACUCAUUGGGAUCUGCUGGAUUUUGGCUGUUGGGACCUGGAGCCACGCUGGGGAGCUCAUAUGGACCCACCAAUACACGCCUACGUUGUCAUCUUGGUCUGCAGACUCCACCCUCCUGUGAGCUGGUGGUGGGAGGGGAGCCUCAGUGCUGGUCAGAGGGACACUGCCUCCUUGUUGAUGACUCGUUCCUUCACACUGUCUCCCAUAAGGGGCCUCCAGAUGCUGGACCUCGAGUCAUUUUAAGUGUGGACCUCUGGCAUCCAAAUGUAGCAGCAGCAGAAAGACAAGCUUUGGACUUCAUGUUCAGCCCUGACCUCUAAAUGCAUCCCUCUUACACUACCAAAAUACAACAUGCAGGGAUGCCUUAACUCUGCCCUGCUUGUCGUGGGUCAUGCAUCUCAUUCCAGUCCAUGAAUCACUGUGUGAAUCUGCCCUAAGAAUUACACAAGCCAUUAGCCAAGCUUUCAAGUGGUGUUUGAUUUAUGGUCUACACCAGGAAGUGCCACAUGAGUGUGGUAUUAUGGAUGAUGCUAACACAGUGCAACAGACACCUUGGCUUCAAACAACAAACUAACAUCAGUUGAAAGCACAAUGAGAGCAAACACAAGAAGAGCAGAUAUGGUUGUUAACUAUUGUAAAUCUUAUCUUGACAUCAUAUACUAUGCUAGUGAAUGCUACUUGCAUGUGAAACCUAUCUGUCACUGGACUUUGUUUUGAGAUGUUGAUGCAUGCACUCAUAUGCCUUCAGGAAAGGUCAUUAGAGUCAGCCUGGGAUUCAUUAUUUUGAAAUUUAGUAGAUGAUGAUGAUUUAUGUAGAUUACCUAUCAUUCAACCUAAACAACUGUGAAAAAUGAGAAUUAUAUAAAUGUAUCUAUAUUUUUGUUUUCCAAAACUGAAUGCCAAACUUAUUGAUACUUUGCACACUGUGGUUAUUAUUUCUCUUUGUAUUACUAUCCUCUAUGUAUGCUUGUAUGUUUCUGUAUGUAAAUCUAUGAAUCUAUUUUUUUCUUUGUUUAUUGAUAUAAUUGGUGGUUUACAUAUUAUAUACAUCAGCAUUUUUGGCAAUUUUGUUUUUCUUGGAAACCAAAUA